AUCCGCGUUUACAGUAUGCGUUCAUUCUGAGAUGCUCGGUCGCAUAUUUUCGCGUCACAUCUCAAAACUAAAUUUGCAUUCUCGCGUUAUUCAUGGACCCUGGCAGUUCUUCUUGACAGUUCUCCAAACCAGUAGGGGGUUUGUACAUCGGGUCAUCGUUUCAGGCAACACACUUACAUCUAGGGAUUGCCUCGUCCUAAUGGGACAACACUAACUUUCCAUAUACCUAGUUGAUGUGAAAUGUUGACGUGUGUGAGAAAAAAUGAAUAAGCCCAAAAUGACCACUGAGAAAGGCGUUCCCAGUAACUCCAGGGUGCUGAUGUUGUUGGGCCAGCUGGAGAGGCUGAACAGGGAGGCCAUGCUGGCGGACGCUGAGAUUGGCAGGCAGAUCACUGCCAAAAUCCUCCACCUCAUCCAGACUCAGGAGAAGACACGGAAGGAGAUCAUGUCCAAGGGCUCCAGUGGCAUGGAGGUCAUCCUGGCAACCUUAGAGAACACACAGGAUCUGCAAACUAUCCUGAACAUUCUGUACAUUCUGAAUGAGCUGUUAACUGUGGGUGGGGGGCGCAGGGUUGGUGUGUUUGUGUCCAAGGGGGGCACAGGCAUCCUGCUGCAGCUGGUCCUCAGUGGCAGUAAAGAGUCUCCCCCCAGCGAGGAGCUCAUGCUGCAGCUCCACUCACUCCUGGCCAAGGUUGGACCAAAAGACAGGAAGUUUGGUGUGAAAGCCCGUCUGAACGGAGCUCUGAACGUCACUGUGAACCUGCUCAAACAGAACCUGCAGAACCACAAGCUGCUGCUGCCCUGCUUGCAGGUUCUACGGGUCUACUCCUCCAACUCUGUGAAUGCUGUGUCCCUGGGGAAGAAUGGAGUUCUGGAGCUCAUGUUCAAAAUCAUCGGACCCUACAGCAAAAAGAACACCAGUCUGCUGAAAGUAUCCCUGGACACACUGGGGGCCUUGCUCAAAUCCAAGACGAAUGCCCGGCGGGCGGUGGACCGGGCCCAUGUGCCCGUCCUGCUGUACAUCUACCAGGACUGGCACCGCAACGACACGCGCCACCGCCACAUGUUGAUCCGCAAGGGCGUCCUGGGCUGCCUGAAGAACAUCACCAACAUCAAGCUGGGCCGCAAGGCCUUCAUCGACGCAGACGGGAUGAGGAUCCUCUACAACACCUCUACUGAGUGCCUUCCAGUGAGGACUCUGGACCCUCUGAUCAACACCUCCAGCCUUAUCAUGAGGAAGUGCUUCCCCAAGAACCGCCUCCCUCUGCCCACCAUCAAGAGUGUCUUCCACCACCAGCUGCCUCACGUUCCGGCAGGAGGGCCCGUCGCUCAGCUCUACAACCAGCCCCUGGGGGUGGAUGACGUGGUGGACGAGAGCGACGAUAACGAUGACGUUGAGACCGAGAACGACACAGAGAACGAGGAGGAGGAUAAGGACCACCACGCCAGGAAUGACGACAUAGAAACGGACAUCAAUAAACUGCGACCCAAAGAGACCAAUAGCAGGCCGUUUGAGGAGCUGAAGAUCUAUGAGAGAUUCUUUCUGGAGCUCUCUGAGGAUUUCCAGAGAUUUAACUUUAAUAACCCAAAGAGCGGUGUAACAGCCACCCCGGCAGCUCCAAAGUCUCAACGCCCCAUCAUCGUUCCCACCGCCCAGGCCUUGCCCCCGAAAUACCCAACUGCCGCCCCCCUCCAGGAGGAGUGCCACCUGGCCAAAGGUGAACAACCCCACCCUGAAGCAUCUCCUCUGGCCCCAGCCCCCACCCCGGCCCCAGUCCAUACCCUGGACACCAUCAAUAUCACCAAGGAUCACGAUGGCUGCUGUGACCACAGCCAAGUCCGACCACAGCCAGGGCUAGAGCAGGAGCUUGUACAGGGGAUGGAGCGGGUGGCCCUGGAGGGGACUGGGCCUCAAGGCGGGGCAGGGGGUGGAGGAGGAGGGGUCAACAGGCACUAUAGGCAACCUCCCCUGCUGGCUGGGGGUGUGGCUGCCCGGCAAGGGGGCGGGGCAGAAGAGACGUUAGCAGAGGAGUGGGCAGAGGAGGAGGGAGGCGAGGGGGCGGUGCUGGAGGUGCCGGACACAGCGUUGCUCCUGCCGCUCCACGACCCUGACCUGUACGUGGAGAUGGUGAAGAGCACACGCUCUGUGCCACAGUACUCAGAGGUGGCCUACCCAGACUACUUUGGCCACGUUGCGCCCACCUUCCGAGAACACAUCCUGGAGAGGGUCUAUGGCGUGCAGAGUCCUCUGCCCCCCUACAGGACUAAGAUCUUCCAGGACAUUGAGAGGCUGAUCCACCCCAAUGACAUCCUUGAUAAAGUGGUCUACGACUUGGACAUACAGAGUUGCCCGGUGAUUGAUGACGGUGAAUCUCUGAAGUUCAACUCUCAGUUUGAGUCUGGCAACCUGAGGAAGGCUAUUCAAGCCAGAAAGUUUGAGUACGACUUGGUCCUAAACUCCGACAUCAACAGUAACCACUACCACCAGUGGUUCUACUUUGAGGUGAGCGGCAUGCGCGUGGGAGCCCCCUAUCGCUUCAACAUCAUCAACUGUGAAAAGUCCAACAGCCAGUUCAACUACGGUAUGCAGGUGCUGAUGUACUCUGUUCAGGAGGCCAUUAGUGGCAGGCCCCGUUGGGUUCGCACCGGAACGGACAUCUGUUACUACAAAAACCACUUCUCCAGGAGCUCGAUAGCGGCAGGCGGUCAGAAGGGGAAGUCCUACUACACAAUGACGUUCAGCAUGACCUUCAACCACAAGGACGACGUCUGCUACUUCGCUUACCAUUACCCCUACACCUACUCUACUCUGAAGAUGCACCUUCAGAAGCUGGAGGCGCUGCGGACCCCUCAGAUCUACAUGCGCCAGGACAUCCUGUGUGAGACUCUUGGUGGUAAUAGCUGCCCCCUCCUCACCAUCACCGCCAUGCCCGAGUCCACCAGCAACGACCAGAUCUGCCAGUUCAGGAACCGUCCUCUGGUGUUCCUGUCAUCGCGAGUGCACCCAGGGGAGACCAACGCCAGCUGGGUGAUGAAGGGCACCCUGGAGUUCCUGAUGGGUAGCAGCCCCCUGGCACACAGUCUCAGGGAGGCCUACAUCUUCAAGAUAGUCCCCAUGCUCAACCCUGACGGAGUGGUCAACGGAAAUCAUCGCUGCUCUCUGAGUGGGGAGGAUCUGAACCGACAGUGGCAGAGCCCCAGCCCUGAGCUGCAUCCUACCAUUUACCACACCAAGAGCCUGCUGCAGUACCUCGCCGCCAUCCAGAGGGCGCCACUGGUGUUCUGUGACUACCACGGUCACUCCCGGAAGAAGAACGUGUUCAUGUACGGUUGUAGUUUGAAGGAGACCGUAUGGCAGACCAACAUCAGCGCCACAUCCUGUGAGCUACACGAGGACCUUGGCUACAGGACUCUGCCUAAGAUCCUGUCCCAGACGGCGCCGGCCUUCAGCAUGGCCAGCUGCAGCUUUGUGGUGGAGCGCUCCAAGGAGGCCACGGCCCGUGUGGUGGUGUGGAGGGAGAUCGGAGUUCAGCGGAGCUACACCAUGGAGAGCACACUCUGUGGCUGUGACCAGGGCAAAUACAAGGGGCUCCAGAUAGGCACCAGGGAGCUGGAGGAGAUGGGAGCCCAGUUCUGUGUGGCUCUGCUCAGGCUGAAGAGACUGACCUCGCCCCUGGAGCUGCGGAACCACGCCCACCUUCUGGACGUGGAGAGUGACCUGAUCGAGACCCGUUGCAAAGUCUCCAGCAGCAGCCCGAGUACGUACGUGCUGGAGGACGAAGAGCACUCCUUCAUGGAGGAGGUGGACUACAGCGCAGAGAGUGGCGAUGAACCCGACAACGACCCCGACGCCGCAGACCCCCACGAUAACCGCCUCUCCGACUCCGAGUCCAACAACCACAGAGACUCACUCACCUAGCUCAAACUCCCUGACCACUACUUAACCACUCUUCACCCUGUCCCUUUUGUGACCCUAGCUCGAGGAAUUUCUCCUGACCAUGUUGUGACCUACCUACAAAAAACUCAGGGCUAGGAGCCAAAGUUUUUUUCUCCCCCUGGUCAGGACAAGUGUUCAGGAAAAACUCCUGUCUCUACAGCAUAGUCCAAGCCACAAACUCUUGUUGCCUCCUAGAUGAAACAGACCUUAAUUUCCUUCCCCUCCUACCCCCGCCUCCCAGAUAUCCCCCAUUUUGCUCUGACCUCACUCCUCCCCCCCUGGCCUUGGUGCAUUAUGGAUAUCACAUCCAUACUUAUCUGCCUUGCAUAUCUCAAACAGAUAUAGAUAGAAUGGUCAGAAGUGUUGUACAACGAAUAGACACAUUAGACAAAUAAUAUACGUUAACACAAUGGUUUUGGUGCAAUGUCCCCAUUUGUCAUGAAAACGACACAGGUGUUACACACAGAGAAUCUAUAAAUCUCUAUUUACAUAAUGUGUGUCUAUAUGUAAUUAUAUCGUUACACACAAGUUGAAACGGAAUGUACACCUUGGUCGUAUUUACACAAAGACUGCAGUACUACCCAAUGACCAACUAGUAACCGUAACGCACAAUAAGCAUAACCAGGAAGUUAGCAAGCCAAGUAGAACCAUUUGCACAUGUAGCAAAUCCACAUACAUACGCAUGAACCCCGAGGUACAGGAGAGAACAAUCCUCAGCUAAAAGGUCAGAAAGCCGAUGUUGUGUAUCUAUGUUGCGGUGCUGAGAAGGACAUGUAUUUCUCCAGUCUGUCUGUAAGCUUAGUUGGUUUGCCCGUACACUGCAACAAUACUCCCAUUUUUAGAAAGGUUGCUGCUGUUUGAGAGAAGCAUAAGAUAUUUGUUUGUGUUUUUUUUCUCCUAGAUGUAGGUAUUACAUUUCGGUUGCGUAUGUACAGUCAGCGCAUGGCUAUUUUAAUGUUAUUUUUGUAAUUUAUUUAGUUAUUUUAUUUGUGAGAUGUGGCCCCCCCCGUAUGUAUAUGAGGAAGUAUGUGUGUGUGUGUUUUUGCUAGAUGGAAAUGCUAGUCUACCAUAGAGCAGCCAAACGCUCAAGGCGUUUGUGAGAGUAGUAAAAAAGCAACCUGGGCGAAACCUUUUUAAUUGGAUUGUAACACACAUAAGUUGAAGCUUGCUAUGAAAUCAUGGGAAAUAAACGUGAAUGUGAAAAUGUC